CAUAUAUAAAUAAAUGACAUUUUUAUAUUCAGCACAACACAUUUACACCAAAUUUGUUUCGACUAGUUCAACUAUGUUUGCCUUGAUACUCGUUCUCGUCGGUGUUGCUUCGGUUUCAGGAACAUCAUGGUCUGUUCCGAGAGAAUGCUAUCCAGUGUUUAGUUGUUCUUACAGAUUUCUGGAUAUUCGAAACUUCUUCUAUGCUGGCGAUAUUUUAAAAGAUGUCAGCGAAGAAACAGUUGAAGAGCUAUGCCACCAUUUGAAGUCCAAAUCGGUGUGUAAGGAGGCGGAAAAGUGUAAGGAGAUGGAUUUUGUUACUAAAAUGAUGGCUGAAAUAGAAAGAGCUGUUUGUGUUGAGUAUAAAAAAGACAUUCAAGGUUUAACAACAUGCUACAAUGCACCAGAGUUCAGAUCUAGAUUCGCGGAAUGUGUCCGAGAUUCUUUUACAAGCUAUAAUCCAAAUACGUGUGGGUUUGUAAACGGCCUGAAAAUCUGUGCUUCGAUGUUCAAACAGUGUGGAGAAAAGCAACACGCAUCUGCUAUCGACAAUAUGCUCACCGAAUAUGGUACAACUCUAUGCGAGCAUCACAAAUUCAAUAUUGGAGCUCCUUAAUUCUAGCUCAAUAUUGAAUCUAAGAUGAUUUUUGAUCUACCAAAAAUAAAA